AUAUAUGUACAUAUGACAACAAAUAUCUUGCAGCUUAUACACACCAUCCUUAAACAUGCUUCUUCACAUGUUCUUGUUCUGUCUGUCAUGUCUUCUCAUGUUGACAAUGGUCAUACCUGAGGGGAAUACAACCACUACCAACACCACCUCUUUCAUGGUCACCAAGCCAGGCUGCCCAUCUCAAUGUGGGAAUCUCACUGUUCCAUACCCAUUUGGCGUCGGUGUGGGUUGUUCCAUAGACCCAUUGUUUGAUAUCAACUGCAGCACUUUUUACAACCCUCCCAUACCCUUCGUAGGUGGCAGUAGUAGUCUUGAGGUGCUAGAUAUAUCUCAAACAUAUGUGCGUGUCAAGAACAAAGUGAUGUUCAAGUGCUACAGUCCAUCAGGUGCAUUGAUCCGCAAUGAAAGCUAUAUAGACUUGGACUUAGAUAAUACUCCUUUCACCAUCUCACACACUGCAAAUAAGUUCACAACUGUUGGGUGUGAUGACUUUGGUUUGUUAACAGGGCAAAAAGGGCUUGAUUUUUUGGUUGCGUGUUCGUCCUCCUGUUAUGAUGGGGAAGUAUCCGUCGUAUCUGGUGGGGAUUGUUCCAGCAACGGUUGUUGCCAGUCCACCAAACCAAAGGGUAUAAGGGGGUUCAUUUCUUCUCUUGAAACCUUGUAUAACCACACCAAUGUCUCCUCCUUCAACCCUUGUGGCUACGGCUUUGUUGGUGACCAAGACCACUUCACGUUCCGCGGUCUCUCAGAUUUAUCAGAUAAAACUUUGGAGGACAGGAUCAUGGAUAGUGUUCCAAUGGUGCUCGACUGGGUGAUUGGGAGUCAGAGUUGCAAAGAAGCCCAAAAAUCAAACACCUUAGUCUGCCAACAGAAUAGUCAAUGUAAUGAUUCCGACACUAGUGCUUAUGGAGGAUACCGUUGCAGCUGUAAAAUUGGUUACGAGGGUAAUCCUUAUCUCAGUCCGGGAUGCCAAGAUAUAGAUGAGUGCGCAGAUCCAAACAAACACCUCUGUAAUGGGACUUGCACUAAUACACCGGGAAGUUAUAACUGUUUUUGCCCACAUGGAACCUAUGGCGAGUCCGACGAAUAUUGCAUCGCUGCUGAAAAAACUCGCGUACAGUUCCCAGUAAUUAAGUUCUCUCUAGGUUUGAGUUUGAGUUCUUUGUCCCUAAUCAUCGGUACAACAUUGAUAUACUUUAGCAUCAAGAAAAGGAAGCUUAUAAGGCUCAGGGAGAAAUUCUUUGAACAAAAUGGUGGGUUGCUGAUGAAACAACAAAUUUCAUCAAAAGACGGUGGUACAGAAUCGGCAAAAAUCUUUACAGCACAAGAGUUGAAAAAUGCCACCAACAACUACGCUGAGGAUCGCAUCCUGGGCCGAGGAGGUUAUGGUACCGUUUACAAAGGAGUUUUAGCGGACCACCGUGUGGUUGCAAUUAAAAAGUCUCGAACAAUGGAUGAGAGCCAAAUUGAGCAAUUUAUCAAUGAGGUGGUUAUUCUUACACAAAUUAACCAUAGAAAUGUCGUGAAGCUCUUGGGAUGUUGUUUGGAGACUGAAGUACCUCAACUGGUCUAUGAAUAUGUCUCUAGUGGUACCCUCUUUAGCCAUAUCAUCAACAAAAGUAGAACAUCCUUGUUAUCUUGGAACAAUUGUUUAAGAAUAGCAGCGGAAGCUGCUAGUGCACUGGCAUAUCUUCACUCAGCAGCUUCAAUGCCCAUCAUUCAUAAGGAUGUUAAGUCGACCAACAUACUAUUAGAUGAACAAUAUACUACAAAAAUAUCAGAUUUUGGUGCGUCGAGGUUAGUGCCAUUGGAUCAAACUCAAGUAACUACAUUAGUUCAAGGGACCUUGGGGUAUCUAGAUCCUGAAUACUUCCAUACAGGCCAACUGACAGAAAAAAGUGAUGUUUACAGUUUUGGAGUGGUUCUCGCAGAAAUCUUAACUGGACAGAAACCUCUGUGCAUAGAAAGAACCCAAGAAGAGAGAAAUUUGGCCACAUAUUUCCUUAUGUCCAUGAAGCAAAAUCGUCUGUUCCAAAUUCUUGAGCCUCGUGUGCGAAGGGAAGGGACUUCAGAGCAGCUUCAAACAGUUGCUGAGCUUGUGAAGAAAUGCUUGAACUUGAUAGGUGAAGAGAGGCCUACAAUGAAAGAAGUGGCAAUGGAGUUAGAAGGUGUGAGGAAAUUUACUAAAGAUCCAUGGGUUCACGAUCACCAAAGCCAUGAAGAUGCUGUGGAAUUGAUUGGUGAAGCAUCAGACCUAUAUGCAGUGCCAAUAAGCCCAUAUACUAAUUAUGGGGACUCCACUGAACAAUAUAGUUUAGAUAGUCGUUUGGUUGCUGCCAUAAAUAGUCCCCGCUGAUGUAUAAUUAGAUCACUUGUAAUAAAGUCAUCACAAAAUUCUUGUA